GCUUGGUGCUGUUUCUUCAGUUCGUCCUCCUCGGUCUCAGCGGGCUUGACCCAGCCACGCUUCUCCAAGGAGCCCCGGCAUCGUUUCCAUGCCUGCUGGCAGAGGAGACGAUCCCGGUCUGGUAAACCCAUUUUGGCAAUCGUUGGAUUGACUGGAUCUCAGAGGAUGAUUUCCACUCCUCGAGGGAUUUUUUUUCUAGUGUCUGUGGUGAGAACCAUUUUGUCAAGCAGAUUGGUAAGCCCGCAUGCUCAUGACCUUGUUAACAGACAUCAGUUGACCGUAGAUACGAGCUGCGGACGUAACAGCAAUCAAAUAUCGGACAUGAAGCACUCAUGCUUGACUGCGUCUGCCUUCAGUGGUGAUUUGCCGCUGUUGCUGCCAUCUUUUGUGCCGGCAUCUCAGCCCGUAGAUAGAACAGUGAUCCCCAAGGUCCGUAUUCGCAUAGGGUUUUCAGCUCCAAGAUGGAGAUAAAAUUCGACGUUGUCAUUGCAAGCUAGUAUCACGGGCAUAACGAAGUCGCAGGAAG